AAUCUGAAUUCCGAAUCUGGGAACCGAACGUGUGUAGACGGGCGUUUACAAAAUUGGCAUUAAUCAUUUGUCAUUGCCAAAUUACCAACAAAAUACAAAUGUCAAUACAGAUUACAGAAAAGCCUGGCCUCGAUCCUUACCACCAAUUUACAACAUUGUCGAAGCGUUUAAUUGCUGUUGUUGUUUAUACUCACCAAGUUUAUACAAACAUGAUAUCGCGCAAGGGACAAAAGGCAAUUAAUGAAGGUGUCGUAGGAAAGUAUAUAAAGAAAGAUACUCCACCGGAUUUACCAAUCAUUAAUGUAUGGACCACUGGCAAUAACAGAAGACCACGAAGUCAACCAUUUGGGACAAGCGAUGGAAGCUCUCAAAGUACUGAAAAUAAAUUUGGUAAAGCUCAAACAAUGAGUGGUCAUGCUGGCAAGUAUACUCCGAGUGAAUCAGUACCCAAUUUAGCGCACAGGUUUGCUAGUUUAUCCGCCGGGAGUGAAACAACUAGUGUUGCAAGCAAUUUUAAUUCUCAGCUUCAUUUGGACACAAAUAUAGCUUCACAUUCAACACUAAAUGAUAUUGAUGAUUCAUUUAGUCGUCAAAGUAGUUAUAGAUAUUAUCAUCAAACCCAGGAAGAUCCAAUUUAUCAAAAUCAGCAGCAGGUACAGCAACAAAAACAACAGCAGUACAGUUCAAGGGAGACCAGCAUGCCUAGAAUAUCUUCUAAUUUGAGUUUAACACCCAGGAUCCAUCCUCCAUCUCCACACUCUAUAAGACUUCAUGUUACCGAUUCCUAUAAUUCCAGCAGCCAAUCAUCACCAAUUUAUACAAAUUAUGUUAACACUCCUGCUCUUCCAUAUCAUAAUAAAAAUCAUGGUGGAAAUAUGAUAACUUCUAGUCAAGCCUCGGAUGAAUGCGAAUUACCAUUACCGCCUGGUUGGUCUGCUGACCGAACUCUUCGUGGGCGUCGUUACUAUAUGGAUCAUAAUACUCAAACAACUCAUUGGACACACCCUUUGGAGAGCGUACCCCGCCCAUGGCAACGCGUGUCGACGCCUCAGCAUGGGGUCUAUUAUUUUAAUGAAAUAACACAACAGACAACAUAUGCACACCCUUGCCUGGUGGGAGGAUGCUAUUUGGUGAGCCCACUCGUUCCGACACUUGUGCCGCCGUAUCUUUUGGAGGAAAUUCCACACUGGCUGGUCGUUUACUCGAAAGCUGAUCAGGAAUUGGAUCACAAAUUACGUUGGAAUAUGUUCCGUCUGAGCGAGUUGGAUUGCUAUUCAGAUAUGCUUACACGACUUUACAAACAAGAGUUACAACUAAUUGUUAUGAAGUAUGAACAAUAUAGGUCUGCUUUGCUGCAAGAACUUGAAAGAAGAAGACGAGCAAAGUCAUACAAUGCACUCACAAAUCAUUGAUUUUGUAAUAAAUAGUUUUAUUGAACUGUGAUCUUAGAUAGUAUAUAAAAGAACAGUUAUGGAAACAAGUGCCUUAAAUUUGCCUAGGAGGCUUUUAUAAAAAAAAUUAUUGAUCUAAAAUUGCUAAGAUAUAAAUCAGUUUACUAAUGCAAUAAUUUAGAUUGCACAUAUUUUAAUAAAAUUAUUUUGAAUAAUAAUGUAAUUAAUCAUGAUAAUUCAAUCUAUUUAUAUUUAAACCAACAGGUUAAAAGCAUAAUUAUUGUUGUCACAAAUAAGGACAGAAUUGUAAAAAAUAUUUGCAUUAUAUACAAAUAAAAAGCAUCCAAUUAUGUCAUUGGAAACUCUGUGUUUAUUAGAAGACUAAAAUAGGCAAUAGCUUUCUUCCAAACAACUCUUUACUUUUAAUUUUUUUCAUCUUAUUAUGGAACUAUAGAAGAUACAACAUGUCAACAGAUUUUCCAGUUGUAUCAAGUUGUUCCUGUAAGAACAAUUGAGAAGCUAUUAUUAUGUAUGUGGUGUAGGUACAUAGCUUUGCACACCUUCAUGCUAAAUAGCUGUGACACAAAUUUGUUGGUAAAACCGAAGGAUCACAUAAGAUAUUAUCAUUCUUAAUUUUAUUAUUGCAUCUACAAUUUUUCAGGUAGGUUAAUUAUUACAGAUGCUGAAAGUACAUAUUUAAGCACACUUUCUUCAAAACUAUUUAUUUCAAUAUGUAUAAUUUAGGUUUUCAAUCAUUUCUUUUAUACUUAUUUGUGAAUAACAUAAUGAAGCGUGUAUAAUCUUCCAAGGUGACACUGGCAGAAUUACGAAAUACUAAGCAAAAUUGCCAUUAAAUAAAAAAUUGGAUUGAAUUUGAGCACAAGUUUUAAAAUAUUUAUUUGCAUUUCUUGCCUUUUUAGCUAAUAUAUAACAGCUACGUUAUGUUUAUUGUUUAUUAAAUAAUAUUUUGAUAUUAUGGAAAGUAAAAAAUAAUAACUUGUAUUGGAUGUUUUUUCUACCGUCUUGCACUAUUUAAUAAGAUUAAGUAUAAAUCACAGAACAAUAAAUUAUUUACAUUUGA